GACCUUUGGAAAGAAAAACCAAAACAUUUCUUACAAUUUUUCCCAUUCAAACUAAUUUUAUUGGUUGCCAAAGACAAUUGACAAGGUGUUGGGUGUCCAGGUUGGGAGCCACCUUGAAAUUAGUGAUGGUUGUAUUCAUUUCCAAGGGUUACCAUGGCACGGAGGGUUCAUGAAGGAUGAUCAAUUUCAACUUCAGGAGAGGACUACGACAAGCAGGAUGCAUCCUUCUAAUAGUGCUGUGUGUCCGCCACUGUCCAACAGCCGUUCGCAACAUCAUGCGACUUUUUCUACCCAACACUCUGAUCAACACUGUUCUCGCCAUCACCCUCCUUGGGAUUUCGUACAUGUGGCGACGGAACAUGACCUUGACCUCUUUGACCUUUCGUGCAGCAAGAAAGGUCAUCACCAUGACGAAGAAGGUCAUGCUGGAGCUAAACUUAGACAUCAGCGUCUUGACAGGGAUGUUAGGCUUCACGUCUUUGACAAAAAUGACCAAGGAGAUCGUCCUUUAUUACACGUUGGCGCGGAUUUCAUCGGAGCCUGGAGAUGAGUUGCAAUACGCCUGGUUGUUUUCGUUACUAUGCAACUCAAUCAUUGGAGAUUUUAUAUUUUUGUUGAUCGUCAAACAGGAACCGCCACUUUAUAAAAAGGCACAUACUUACGUCUGCGGCAUUGGUGCCUUGCUCUUCAUGCUGAUAAGAUUAGGGUUCUGUUACUUAAUGAUAAGUUUACUUUAUUAUUCGCUCCUCCAGGAUUGGUUUGUGAAUACAGCCAUUUUGAAACUGAAGUCUUACGAUUUCGACGUUUUCGAAGGAUUGGAGAAAUUUUAUAUCCGAAUUUUAACUUACACGACACAGUUUUUCAUUGGGACUUUGUGCGGUUUGACCCUUCUUAUAAAGACAAGUUUAAUGCCUGAUCCUCUUCAUGCACCUGCUGUACUGACUGGUUACGUCAUCUGUUACCCUGCUGUUCUUGGCAUGAAAAAAUUCACGAGUAUUUUUCGCUGCUACAGAGAACAUUUGGCUUACUUUGAACGUGCCUCAAAGUCCGAGCUCCACGAGUUAAAUGAUCUUUGCGCCAUCUGCCUCGGGUCUAUGGGCACUGCCCGCAAAACGCCUUGCCGUCAUUUCUUCCAUGGAAAGUGUCUUCUGCGCAGUUUGAAACAUCGAGUUUCGUGUCCGAUAUGUAAAGAACCUUUCAAUAUUCCCAAUGGCAGAUAGGUCGCUAAGUGCGUCUGUUAAAGAAUGCUGCAGUUCUUCAUGAGUGAGUUUUCGCUAACCCGUUCCUAGAGCCAAUCCACCAAGAAUGACCCACUUUUGUGUGGCAAGUCUACAAUUAUUGGGCAUCUGCGCAGGAUCAACAAACUGGCUCCUUAAAUCAGAUAGGCAAUUGCGCUAGGCAAGCCAAGAGGACAUGAUGAUUGAUAAAGCCAAAAACAGAUUUCAAAACUUCAAAAUCUUCAGUCGUGAUUGCGAAAGCAUUUUUGUAUAGUUCUCCUAACAGGAUUGGGAACGAGAUGCAUUCUCGGUGGAAUGGUUCUCGGACGGGAUAGCAAAAACUUACUAGCAUCAGUAGUAACGCUUUGUAACCAACGGUAUUCUAGAUCUGGUCCCGGAGAGGAAGACCAGUUAACUGCAUGCAUGAGACCAACUCAAAUCCAUUUCUCACCCCACUGAAAGGGGUGUGCAUUCAAGUUGCGUCCUGCCAGUGCCUCCCUGCAGAAGCGGCUUCAGAAAUUUCAUGGACGCAGAUGUGUACACCCCUUCUUUGGCUUUGGGAGUGAACCUCCCUGGCAAGUACUGUCCAUGUAAACCCACUAAUGUAUUUAUACGAAUUUGGUGAAGCUGUAUCUGAUCUACAUAUGUAUGUUGUGUUUUUAUUAUAACUGAGAUACAAACCCCAUGGGUCAUUUUAAUGAUAGUGAGAUAUCUGUUUUAUAUCCAGAAUCUGUGUCACCCAAUGUUGUUCUAGUCACUAAAGGUUUUGGUCUUAAUUUUCAAUUCUUGAAAAGUCCUGAGAACAAGCCUGCUUUUGUCAUUGUUUGUUACAAUAAAAUCUAUGUUCAAAA